CCGCGCUAAGAACAAAAGCCCUCUGCGCGCUCACGCUCCGGGGCUUUGAAGCGGCGCGGCCGAACUUGGAUCUCUGCCCCUUCGGCCGAGCCGUCCGGGGCUGAACUCGCCGUUGCCUUCCCCGCACGCCGCGGGCAGCCGGGGCUCUCCCGCYCGCCGCCCUCGCCCGCCCGUCCCGCCGGGGCUGCCCGCGGAGGGGGCCGCACCCCGCGCCCCCCCGGCCGCCUCCGCGCCGCGGGACCUUGGCUUUGCCCUUCGCACGGCAGGUGGCGGGGCCAGCGGACAAGGAUGCGUGUCUUCCCGUGGGGAUUUUGGCUGCUGUGUGUCGCCUCCGCCCCGGCUCGCGGUGACAGCGGCAGCAAGGCGAGGAGCUGCGCCGAGGUCCGGCAGCUGUAUGGAGCCAAGGGCUUCAGCCUCAGCGGCGUGCCCCAGGCCGAGAUCUCCGGGGAGCACCUGCGGAUCUGCCCACAAGGCUACACCUGCUGCACCAGCGAGAUGGAGGAGAACUUUGCAAACAAAAGCCGAAGUGAAUUUGAAGCCAUGAUGAAAGAGGCUGGUCGCUCUGUGCAGGCGACMCUAACAGCACAGCACAGAAGUUUUGACAGUUAUUUCCAGGAUUUGUUGAACAAGUCAGAAAAGGCCCUUUAUGAUGCUUUUCCAAGCAUGUACGGAGAAUUGUACACUCAGAACGCAAAGGUCUUCAAGGACUUGUACAGCGAGCUGCGCCGCUACUACCGGAGCUCCAACAUCAACUUGGAAGAGGCGCUCAAUGAGUUCUGGACACGCCUGCUGGAGCGGCUCUUCAAGCUGCUGAACCCCCAGUACCACAUCACGGACGAGUACCUGGACUGCAUGGUGAAACACGCCGAGCAGCACAAACCCUUCGGGGAGGUGCCCAGGGACCUSAAGGUGAAGGUGACCCGAGCCUUCAUCGCAGCACGUUCCUACGCGCAGGGCUUCCUCGUGGGCAGCGACGUGGUCAAAAAGGUGUCUCAGGUGUCCCUCAGCCACGAGUGCACUCGUGCCAUCAUGAAGCUGAUGUACUGCCCGCACUGCCGGGGCAUGUCCAGCGUGAAGCCGUGCAACAACUACUGCCUGAACGUCGUGAAGGGCUGCCUGGCCAACCAGGCUGACCUCAGCACCGAGUGGAAGUACCUGAUGGAUUCCCUGAUCGGGGUGGCUGAUCGCAUUGAUGGACCCUACAACGUGGACACUGUCAUAGGAACCCUUCACAUGAGGAUCUCUGAAGCCAUUUCCAACCUGCAGGAAAACAAAGAUUCCAUCACAAGCAAGGUAUUCCAAGGCUGUGGAAAUCCCAAAAUCAGCACAAAAGGCUCAAGUAGUGAGGACAAGAAGAGACGGGGGAAGGUGCCAUUGGAAGCCAAAUCCUCUGCACAAGCACUGGAGAUGCUGGUUUUAGAUGCCAAAGGGAAUCUGACAGCUCUCAAGACAUACUGGAUCACCCUGCCCAGCAGCCUGUGCAGCAARAAAGUAAUGGCCAGCUCAGCAUCAGAUGACAAGUGUUGGAACGGGAUGACCAAGGGCAGUUACCUGCCCGAAGUGAUGGGGGAUGGCUUGGCUAACCAGAUUAACAACCCGGAGGUGGAGGUGGACAUCACCAAGCCAGAUAUGACCAUUCGCCAGCAAAUCAUGCAGCUCAAGAUCAUGACAAACCGGCUGGGCAACGCCAACAUYGGGAAUGAUGUGGAUUUCCAAGACACAAGUGACGACAUGAGCGGCUCCGGGAGUGGGGACAGCUGUCCUGAUGAUGUCUGUGGCAAAAGACUUUCUAAGAGCCCCAGCACCAGGCAGCCAGAAACACACGCUAUUCCUAAGCAGUCUGGACAUGGUGUCAAUGGGGCCAGCAGCAGAUCUUUGCCUUCUGCCUCCCUCCUCCUCCUCCUCUCGGUGGCUGUCAUCGCCGCACAGCACUUGUGGCGGUAACUCACUGGCACAGCCAGGAAACAGACUGCGGCUGAGGGCUUCACUUUGCCAAAACCAACCAACCAACCAACCAACCAACCAACCAACCAACCAACCAACCAACCAAAGGACAUAUUUAAUUCACCUUGGCAAAAAAAAAAGGAAAAAACAAAAAAAAAUGGAGGAGAAAAAGGUUUCAAAAGGUUUCAGUUGUUUGCUAUUUCUGGCAGUGCUCGAGCUGUUCUCUUCUUUCUCGGUCUUUCCCCAAUGCUGGGCCCUUCUUUCCGUACCUCAUUGUUUUACUUUUGUUAUUGCCACAAACUGGCUCUUGGGGCUGAAACAAGCCCUUGCAGAGGGCUCCAGGGGAACUCGGCCAGCCCCUCRGAGGGCAGCUGUCCUGCUGCCUCCAGUGGAAUAUGCAAUUGCCCUGCCCUCGUUGCCCAGCGCGGGCCGGAGCAGCGCCGGCUCCUGACGCCGACAGACUGGGAUCCUCGGCACGGCUCAGUGCUGCAUUCAGGGGCUCUUUCGGGUUUUUCCUCUGUGCUUCCGAGGUGGGCAGAGAUGGCCCUUCACUUCCAGCCGUGGGCAUAGGAGCGUGAGCAGGUUUGGUGGGUUGAACUGAAACAGUUUGGCAGUGGCUGUUGGACCCAAAAAUGCAGAACUCCCUUUUUCUUUGAAAAGGUCACAAGUGGGUUUCUUGACUAGAGCUCGUAGCUGAUGACAAUUUGAAAUGUAGGUUUCCUACAUCUAAGUGACUGGGAUGAGUGUUAGGGGUUGGGGUUUGGGGUACUUUUCUUUGCAUGCUAGUUGGAAAGCCAUUUUUUACCCAAGUAACAAAGGUCCAAUUUCUACCUGCAGUGCAGUACCAUCAUAGGUAACAGAGAGAUAUGCACAGUGGGAUUCUCUGUGUGACAGACAGUUGUGCUGCCUCSUCCUUCUCUGGUCCCAGCCAUGGACAGGAAUCUCUUUUUUUUUCUUGGUAAUAAGAAAGACCAGGGACGUUUUACUAACUGGAGCUCUGGGACUGGUUGUGGCCCCUCAAGCAGGUGCCUCAGGGCAGAGAGGAGCUGGUGGGGAUCACCUUGGGCAGUUCCCUACCCARAGCCCUGGCUCAAGGCAGCACCUGCCAGGGGGAAUGUGAAGAUGGGACAUAUUUUGUUAGGGAUUUCUUUUUACCUUUGGUGUUUGUUCCAGUUGUACUGUCGGUUUUUAAUGAUCCCCAUUUUCUCUGUUCCUUCCCCAUYAUCCAAUACACCUUCCCUAACCCCUGCAGGCACAGGCUGAGCCAAUGGGUCAGCACCCACUGACAGCUCCGUUUUGGCUCAGGGGAGGGCCAGGCUCACCCUUUGCUGUUCCAUCCCACCACUCACCAGCCUUUGGGUGAGGUGGGUGGCUGCCCUAAGCCUGAAAUGCUUGGUGGGGURGGCUCUGUGCCAGGUUUGGAGACUGGGGGUGGUGAGUAAAGUUAUAAAUAUACACUCACAUAGCUGUAGGAGUGUCUGUGCUUGUAGGGCUGUGUGUCUGGGGCUUCCAGAGGCUUCUGUGCAUGGGCUGGAGGUGUAGAUGUAGCAGAUGUUAGAUCCAGCACAGUCACUGUGGCUGCUUGGGCCCAGAGCACACACAGGGGUUGGGUUUGAGCUUCAGGGUUUGUAYUGGGGUAAGAGGGAGGGCAGAGCUGGGCCUGUCUCUUUACUGGGCCUGUGCUUUACUGGUCUGCACAGCAUUUGAGCAUUUCUUGUCUGUCCUGCCAGAGGAGAUGUGCCUUUGGGCUGAGCAAACAUUAUGAGGUUGGGGUUUGGCUGUUUUCUAAGAAAGGGG